AUGGGUGCUCAACAGACUAAGGAGAGAAUUGUUCCUGUCGGCUCUGCUGCGCGACAGACGCGCAAACAGCCAAGGAACCUUAAGGAGUCCCGUCUUGUUGGCUCUAAUAUAUUUACAGAGCACAGCGAAGCUCUUUUACAAAGCAGACCACUACCUCACAUUCCGGCAUUACCAGAUGGUGAUCCUCCAAAUGGGUCCAGCAUUCAACCAAUUUCACAACAAGUGAAUAUCCAACAACAUACUGGAGUUUCUUCUGCUGGACUUUUGGAGGCUGCAAACAGAUGGACAAGCAAGGAAAACCUAUUGGCACAAGAAGAGGAUGAUCCCCAACUAUUUGUUGCUCUAUAUGAUUUUCAAGCAGGUGGAGAAAAUCAGCUUAGUCUUAAAAAAGGAGAACAAGUUCGUAUUCUAAGUUAUAAUAAGAGUGGAGAGUGGUGUGAAGCUCAUUCAAGUACUGGUCAAGUAGGAUGGGUUCCUUCAAAUUAUGUCACCCCAGUAAAUUCUUUGGAAAAACAUUCUUGGUAUCAUGGAAGAAUAUCUAGGAAUGCUGCAGAAUAUCUUCUAAGUUCUGGUAUAAAUGGUAGCUUUUUGGUUCGUGAAUCAGAAAGCAGCCCAGGUCAACGCAGUAUUUCUCUUCGAUACGAGGGUAGAGUAUACCACUAUAGGAUUAAUGAAGAUAGUGAGGGAAAGAUGUAUGUUACAACUGAAAGCAAAUUUAAUACUCUGGCAGAAUUAGUACAUCACCAUUCAAUGCUAGCUGAUGGUUUAAUCACACAAUUACUUUAUCCUGCACCAAAGCACAAUAAACCUACUGUUUUCCCACUUAGUCCAGAACCUGACGAAUGGGAAAUUAAUAGAACAGAUAUAGUUAUGAGACAUAAAUUAGGUGGUGGGCAAUAUGGAGAUGUCUAUGAAGCUGUAUGGAAGAGGUACAAUAUGACUGUGGCUGUAAAAACAUUAAAGGAGGAUACAAUGGCUCUAAAAGAUUUUCUGGAAGAAGCUGCAAUUAUGAAGGAGAUGAAGCACAGAAAUUUAGUUCAGUUACUGGGUGUAUGUACUCGUGAACCGCCAUUCUACAUCAUUACAGAAUUCAUGAGCAAGGGAAAUCUGUUAGACUAUUUGCGGAACGAGAGCAAACACCAAAUCAAUGCCGUUGUUUUAAUGCAUAUGGCUACACAAAUCGCUAGUGGAAUGAGUUAUUUGGAAAGCAGAAAUUUCAUUCACAGAGAUCUAGCGGCUCGAAACUGCCUAGUGGGAGAAAAUCAUCUGGUGAAGGUUGCAGACUUUGGCUUGGCCCGGUUAAUGAGAGAUGAUACGUACACGGCGCAUGCUGGUGCGAAAUUCCCUAUAAAAUGGACUGCUCCAGAGGGAUUAGCAUAUAAUAAAUUUUCUACGAAGUCUGACGUGUGGGCGUUUGGAAUCUUACUUUGGGAAAUAGCAACCUAUGGAAUGUCUCCUUAUCCUGGCGUUGAUUUGACGGAUGUUUAUCAUAUGUUAGAAAAAGGUUACAGAAUGGAAUGUCCUCCUGGAUGUCCACCGAAAGUAUAUGAAUUGAUGCGUCAAUGUUGGCAGUGGUCUGCUGCUGAUAGACCUACUUUUAAAGAGAUUCAUCACUCUCUUGAAAAUAUGUUUCAAGAAUCUAGUAUUACUGAAGAAGUCGAAAAGCAAUUGCAAGGAGGGGGAGAAAUUCCUUUACUUUCAUACAAAAAAUCUCAAACUGGUAGUACUGGAAAUAUUCAUGGACUUGUUCUAGUCUCUGAACCAUUACCUUCAUCAGAUACUACUAGUUCAGUAACGAAACUGAGUACAUUCACAGGUGGUAUGUCAAGCAAAAAUAAUAGUAGUAUCGUACAAAUGAGACGUUCUACGAAUAAAAAAGGAAAACAAGCUCCAGCUCCUCCAAAAAGAACAAGCUUGCUGUCGUCGUGCAGUUCGUUCCGCGACUCUGCCUAUCAAGAGCAAGAUAUUCAAAAUACUGAAACGAACACCAUGACUCUCGACGAUGCCACGGAUCUAAAUGGUAUUGAUAAGAUUCUCGAAGGUAUUGCGCGAGAUCUCGCGACGAUGGCUCAAGGAACGAUUGCUGCAGGAGGCUGUGAAAUCGAGGAGGAUGGAGAGGGUUCUCAGGGUACGGCGGAACCAAAUUUCAUUUCUCAACCUUCAACAUCUCCGGAACCUAUAUCUGUCUUGACCUGUUCUCAAAAACAAAUUAAACCAAGACCUUAUCCAUCAAAAGAACCAUUACCACAAAAGCUGGUACAAGUAGGUGCAUUAGAAGUACAGAACGUUAAAAGAGCUAUUAAUCGUUAUGGUACAUUGCCAAAAGGUGCUAGGAUUGGCGCAUAUUUAGAAUCUUUGCGUCAGAGUGGUAUGCCAUCGAAUCAAGAAUGUACAACAGUGGCUUCUUCCAUGACACCUGGCACAGUAGAACAACACGAAGCUUCUAUGGACAAUUCUCAACACAGAUCUCUUUCUCCUCGUCAAAGUAAUUUACGAAGUCAGCCUCAAAUGACUCGCAGUAAUUCUUCAAGCGGUGUUGUCAAUACUUAUCAACCUCCAAAUUCUCCUCGUGGUCGAGUAGUAGCUGUAAGGAAGAGUAAUCAGUCUGAUGGUGUUGGUUUAAGAACUUUUCGGGUAUCGAGUAAUUCUAACUUUCGUACUGCGAGCCCAUCGAGAUCCGUUCAACCAUCGUUAGCUGAUUUAGAGUUUCCUCCACCACCCGCAGAUUUACCUCCUCCACCAGAUGAAAUUUUUUCCGGACAAGAACAAGCUGAACUUCCACCUCCUAUUUCUUGUAGCGAAAUUUCUCAAAUGAGAAAUUCUCCAUUAUCCAUAAGAAAAGCAAAGAGUACAGAUUGGCGUGCAAAGGAAGAUGAAAAUGAGCAACAAGAAGAUAGAAACGAUGUUAGUAACGCAGAACCUUCUGUAAAAGAAGCCUGUUCGAGAUUUGGAGUUAACUUGAGACGCAGAGAAACUCAAGAUAACUCAUGUAGAAAUACUGAUAAUAAAAGAGCGGGUUUUAAGUCCAGGAUAGAAACAAUCGAGCCUGCUGCACCACCAGAAGAAGCACCACCACCACCUCCACCACCACCACCACCAGUUGCUACAAACUCACCUCCUGAUAGUUUUGAACGCAAACCUGGAAUGAAAGAGAUGUUGGAAUUGAAACUCAUAAAUGAAAUUAAACAGAGUGCAGAAACAAAGCAUGGUACAACUUCCAAGAAAACUGGAGUAACAAGUAGUACUCCAUCUGCUCUUCUGGAUCCAGCUUCACAGUUACUUUCAGAACUCUGUGCUAGCUUUAACAUGGAUUCUGGACAGAGACAUGCUCAAAACGAGUACGCCGUGUCAACUUUAAAAACCAAUGAAGGAACUCAAGAUCAACAACUGCAGCAUCAAAUUCAUAAUGCUCAUAAAGAUUCAUCCAUAUCUUCUCCCGUAACUGAGUCUAUACUAUCCAGUGGAAGUGUCGGUUUUAAAUUGAAAAGAGUAGACAAGCGAAAUAAUCCGCAAAAGGAAGAGACAUCUGAUGGACAAAUAAUCGAUUUCAAAGCUAGACUUCGAAAAGUUGAGAAUGCAGAAAAAGAAAAAUCCUUAGAAGAGAAAAGUACCAUUACUGAACAAUCUUCAGAAUCAGAAGAACAACAAGAUGAUAAACGCAGAAGUACUGGCAGUAUCAGUAGCUUGAAGAAGCUUUGGGAAAAUAAAGAAUCUUGUGACAGUCAGCCUCAUAGCCCAAAACUUAGUGUUAGGGGAAAUAGUGGUAAACAAGAAACACUUGACCAGACAGAAGAUUCACCUGAAGAUCACAGUGGUGCUUCAACCCGUAGUCAGAGUUCUGGUAGCAAAAGUGAUACUAGACUAUGGCCACCACUUGAACCAGAAAAACCUGUUGUUCCUGCAAAGCCACUAAAACCACUAUGUUCUUCAACUAAACAUUUUGGUUCUUCAAUCUAUGCAACACCAAACUGUACGAAGUCUCAACAUACAGAAGAUGAUCUAAGUAAACAAAACACAGAUUCAAGAACCGCAAAACAGAUUGUAUUGGAGCUUUCUACGUUAAUUGAGAACAGCGUAUUAAAUUUAAAAAGUAGCUCAACGAUAGUUAUGACCAGCUGGCUCCAACUUUCAGACAAGGUAGGGCUGUUACACGGAAUGUGUGCUAAUCUCGCAGAUAGUGGUAUUGCACCGCAUGCGCGGUUUCAGUUUCGCGAACUUCUUGCAAGGUUAGAGCUCCAGGCACGACAGCUUCGUGCAGCUGGCACUCGAAAUGUUGCAGAGAAUACAAGACUUCUCACUGACCUUCAAAACACGAUAAAAGAUGUCGUCAAUACCGUGCAAAGAUAAACUAGAGAAAUUAACAUCGUUUUCUCUGUCUCCACCC